AUCACGCCCCCUCGCUUCUCCACUCAAACUGUUUGCGAGGCUCCUCGACUACAGAAACAGUUCGCAGUAAGAGGUUUACCUGUUCUUAAACUAACCAGAGAAGCUGACGCCUUAAUGGUGGACUAUAGACACAUCUUCGUGAUUAUUCAUUGUGGAAAUAUAGCUAUUCCUUUACAAGACCUCCAAGACUAGCGUUUUGAUGUCACAUUCCCAAAGCAACUGAACCCCGUCAGAGAAACAGCAGACAUAAAGAUAGCGAAAGGAUUCUUCAUCUUCAGAGAGGACAAAGAAUAAGGAAGAAGGGAGGUUUUGAAGCUGGAACACCCACCACCCUUAUUGAAUAAUGGUGACUUUUUGAGAGUGCGUUGAUCUCAGGUCAAGGCCUACAUGCCACUGUGAUCACUAAGAAGCGGACAAAGGAAAAAAAUAAUUGACAAAAAUCAUAUUAAAAGGAGGUGCAAAUCUCAUCACUGAGAGACGAUCCCCUCACAAACUGAAUUCUGGGAAACAGAAUGCCAGCGAAGACGCCCAUGUACUUAAAGACUACCACACCCAAGCGGGGGAAGAAGCUCAAGCUGCGAGACGUCCUGUCCAGUGACAUGAUUAGCCCCCCGCUAGGGGACAUGCGCCACAGUGCCCAUGUCGGGCUGGAGGGAGAGGGCGACAUGUUCGGAGACGUAGGCUUUUUACAGGGCAAGAUGGACAUGUUGCCCGCCCUGAACGGCUUACCACGGUCCCACAGUAUGGAGAGGCAGCUGGAUGAAGUCUACCCCAUGAACGACAAAGGACUCAACCACUCUUGUAACAACCACCGCAAUCCCUACCACCAUUCCACCAGCCUGCUGAAGAGCACCAUCUCCAUGCCUGUGUUCAUCGCCCCCGAGCAGGCCCCUCCCAAGCCGCCUCGGCUCCACCUGGAGGACUUGACCCCCCCGUCCCAGCAGCAACAGCAACAGCAGCACCAACCUCAGCAGAACAACCAUAACCACAACGACCACAACCAGCAGCGGCAUCACUCAAUGUCUGUGUGUGACCAGGGUGUCGGCUGCUACAUGGACCCUUGCCACGACCUUAAUUACUCUGCCUCCUUCAGGCACCUGGUGCCCUCCUCCGGCUCCUUCUCAGAGGUCUCCUCAGAGGACUCCAUGUCAGAGAACUGUGGCCCCCUGGAACCUCAGAGGGGGCUGAGCCUGGAUUCAGAUGCUGGCCUGAGCAAUGAGGACCUGAGGAGCGAGCGGAGUGAGUCGCCCACCGUGUGCCCUAGAUUCUCUCCCGGUGUCUCCCGCUCAGAGUCCCUGAUGGGCUUGGAUCUGGACCUGGGGCCAUCCAUCCUGGAGGAUGUGCUGAGGAUCAUGGACCGCUACAAGAGUGUUGAUGACCACUGUGAUUUGUGAGCAGAUGGGGGGAAAGGGGUUUAGACACUGCUGUGCAGAGAGGUGUCUGGUACACUUUUUUUUUUACCAUCCUCCAUAUAGCCUAAUGAUGAUUGGGCUGGUCAGGCAGGCAGGCAGGCAGACAGA